GCAUUUAUAAUUAAUCUGCUUCUUUCAUUGCAACUAAUAAGAAAGUUCCUUAGUCAACUGUCUCAAAGCCCCAGUCAAUUACUCUAGUCUCCAAGCACACAAGCCUUUAUCCUCUCUAUUUCUCAAAACAGCAAGGAGUUCUGAACACCAGAAAUCAAGCAAUAACCAUUACAUUCCUUUCCCUUGUUCAGUUUUCAAUUUGUUUCAGGAUAUUCACGGCAACAUGGUUGAUAUGCUUGGUUCAUUUGUCUCUGCCUUCCUGCAAGUGCUGUUGGACAGAAUAGCUCGCCAUGAGCUCAUAGAGUUCUUCCGGGGCAACCAUCUUGAUGAGGCACUCCUAGAGAAGUUGAAGAUGCUCUUGCUGUCAGUCACUUCAGUGCUUAGUGAUGCUGAGGAGAAACAGUUCAUUGAUCCUUUGGUGAAGGAUUGGGUUGAUAGGCUCAGAAAUGCUGCUUAUGAUGCUGAUGAUAUCUUGGAUGAGAUUGCCACCAAAGCCUUGCUAGACAAGAUGGAUUCUGGUUUUCACACCACCUUGGAUCAGGUAAGAGAUUAUGCUGCUUCUCUCAAUCCUUUUGCUGAAAGAGUUAAAUCGAAAGUUGAGAGGAUUGUUGAGAGGUUGAAGUCUAUAAUAGAGCAUAAAGAUCUUCUUGGUCUUAAGGAAGGUGGUGUAGGUACUAGAUCACUUUCAUUACUUUCUGCUACGACUUCUUUGGUGGAUGAAACUAGAGUUUAUGGUAGGAAUGAUGAUAAGGAGAAGAUCAUCGAUUUUCUGCUUUCGGGAGAAUCGAAUGGAGAAGGGGUGCCUGUGGCUGCAAUUGUUGGGAUGGGAGGGGUAGGAAAGACCACUCUUGCUCAGGUUUUAUACAAUGACAUAAGGGUGAGGAACCAUUUUCAGUUAAGAUCAUGGGCCUCUGUUUCGGAGACAUCUGAUGUGUCUGAAAUAACCAAGAAAGUUUUUCAUUCCUUGACUUUGUCACAUUCAAACAUCAUAGACUUGAAUGUACUCCAAAUCAAGCUCAAGAAGAGAUUAUCAGGACAAAAGUUUCUACUUAUUUUGGAUGGGUUUUGGAAUGAAAACUUUCUUGAUUGGGACAUCUUCCAAAUGCCUUUUUUAUUAGGAAGUUGGGGAAGUAGAAUUAUUGUCACCACACGCAGUCAAACCGUUGCAAUGGCAAUUCGUGCUGAUUUAACUCAUUCUCUAUCGCUUCUAUCGCGUGAUGAUGCUUGGAAGUUGUUCUCAACUCAUGCUUUCAAGUGUGGGAACCCAGAUGAGAGUCCUGUAUUAGCAGAAAUUGGCCAGAAAAUAUUGAAAAAAUGCAAUGGCCUCCCUCUAGCUGUAAAAGUAUUGGGGAGUCUUCUGCGUUCUAAAGAUGAUGCCGAGGAAUGGGAAAGAAUAUCCAAUAGUCAGAUAUGGGAGUUACCAAGUGCUAGAAGUAGCAUACUUCCUGCUUUGAGAUUGAGUUAUAGUCAUCUUCCGUCACAGUUGAAGCGAUGCUUUACUUAUUGCUCCAUCUUUCCCAAAGGCUAUGAAGUCAAAAAAUGGGACUUGAUCUAUUUAUGGAUGGCUGAAGGCAUUCUGCCACAACCAGAACCCGAAAAGCGAAUGGAAGAUGUAGGCGAUGAAUGCUUCCGAGAGCUACUAUCGAGGUCAUUCUUUCAUCAGACCACUCACCACGAGUUGCGCUUUGUGAUGCAUGAUCUUAUCAAUGACUUGGCACAGUAUGUGGCAGGAGAUUUUUGUUACAAGCUAGAGGAUGGUAAUCCAAGCAAAACUACAAGUUUGGCUCGUCAUUUAUCAUAUUUUCAAGGCAUAUAUGAUGCCCCUGAAAAAUUUGAGUCCUUCUCUGAAUUUCAGCAGCUUAGGACUUUCUUACCAUUCAAAUUCUCACCCUUUGGCUGCACGUCUUCGAUUACCAGUAUGGUUUCAGUUCUGUUACCAAAAUUGAAGCGCCUGCGUGUGCUCUCUCUGUCAUACUAUCCAAUUACCAAAUUGCCAAAUUCAGUUGGAAACUUGAUGCAUCUACGGUACUUGAAUCUUGCCUACACUGAAAUUGACCAUCUUCCUGAUUCUGUCAGCACUCUGUAUAACUUGGAGAUAUUGCUUUUGUCUGGCUGUCAUCGUCUCAACAAGUUACCGGCAAACAUGUUCAGGCUUGUUAAUUUGCGUCAUCUUGACAUUAGUGGAUGCAGUGUAACUGAGAUGCCGGAGAAGUUCGGUAGACUAAAAUCCCUUCAAGUGCUGACUAAUUUUGUUGUGAGUGGCAGCAGGGGAUCUAAAAUUAGUGAAUUGGGGGAGCUGUCGGAACUUCAUGGAGCAUUGUUAAUUGCAAACUUGCAGAAUGUAGCUGAUGCAAGAGAAGCUUCCAAUGCCAGCUUGAAGAACAAGAAAUAUCUUCAUGAGCUAGAAUUCAAAUGGACAACUACAAAUCAUAGUUUACAAAGUGAAGCUGAUGUACUCAACAAGUUAGAGCCACAUCAGAAUGUGAAAAGGCUGAAGAUUCAGAAUUUUGGUGGAAGUAAGUUGCCAAAUUGGCUGGAGAGCUCUGCAUUCUCUAGCAUGGUGUUUCUACAUCUUGCAGAUUGCGAGAAUUGCUCAUCAUUGCCAUCGCUUGGACAACUUCCUUCCCUCGAAGAACUAUAUAUCGAAAGGAUGAAAGGUCUACAAAAGGUUGGUCUGGAAUUCUACGGCAAUGGAAAUGAGCCAUUCAAAUCCUUGAAAGUAAUGAAGUUCGAGGACAUGCCAAAUUGGAAAGAGUGGUCAGCAAGCAAUCUUGAACAGCGUGCAGGAUUCCCUUUGCUUCAAGAGCUACAUAUAAAGAGUUGUCCGAAAUUGACUGGACAAUUACCAGAUCAACUUCCUCUCUUAAAUAAAUUAGUGAUCACUGCAUGCCAAGCUCUCACAAACUCAUCGUCACGGGUUCCGAAAUUGAGAGAAUUCGAGCUCAUUAAUUGCGAUGCAUUGAUUUCGUUGUCUGAGGAAAUGAUGCAGGGAAAUGAAUGUCUGGAAGCCAUGACCAUAAGUAAUUGUUCAUCUUUGGUCAACAUCUCCAGGGAAGGUCUACCAAGUAGUCUUAGAUCACUUGAGAUCUAUGAAUGCAGAAAUUUACAGCUAUUCCAUCCCCCAAGUGUGAUGCAGGUGUCCCAAAACUACCUUGCUCUUGAGCGAUUACACUUGCAGCGUUGCUGUGAUUCUCUCGUCUCAUUUCCAUUGUCCCUCUUCAACAAACUUGAAGAUCUUCGUGUACAUGACUGUGACAUUCUUGAUGUGAUUUCUUCUGCUCCAAAUAGUCUCCCGUAUCUUCGGAAAUUGAAACUGAAGGACUGCUCCAAACUAGUUUCAUUUCCUGAAGGAGGAUUGCCUGCUCCGAAACUCGAGUCGCUUUCUAUCAGCAACUGUGCUAAGCUCUUACCUGAGGCUGCAUGGGGUCUUCAGGCAAUGACAUCACUCACUUCCCUUCACAUCAGUGGACUUCCUAGUCUCACUUCUCUAGAUCACACUGGAAUUCAGUACAUGGUAUCUCUCAAGAUUCUCAAGAUUAAAGCUUGUCAUAAGCUUGCAUCUCUACCCUUAGAAACACUUGUUCAUUCCCUUUCUCAUCUUACCAUCAGAGCAUGUCCAUUGUUAAAAGUGCAUUGUGAGAAUGACACUGGGGAAUACUGGAGCCUAGUUUCUCGCAUACCCUUCAGAGUCAUUGAAGAUUAGAUCACAAGCAUUCAUAUAGUAAUGAUGGUAUUACCUAUAUAGGUGCUAUGAAUUAAAAAUUCUACUUAGUUAUUUAAUUAGAUAAAUGCAUUAAUUUGUAAAAUUUUUUAGACUCUCAGUGGUUGAAUCAAACAGUUAUUCUGAUUGGAUAUUUGUAUACACCUUUUCAUACUGCCAAUCAAAUGAACAAGUCAAUUAAAAAGGAGGCAUGAGAAAUUAGUCCUGUUAUACUAGGAUAUCCAGCAGAAGAUAAAAAAGAAAAUUUUUUCACACUAGAAGAGGAUCCAGAAAAGACACUAAUCCUCCUGCUUCCUGAUGUAAUCCAGAAAAGAUUGCUUGUGGAAAGAUGAGGGAUUUAAGUAAUGAAGUUGACUUCAAUGAAGAAAUAUCAUUUUAACA